AUGAGGCUCCUGUCUACUUGCGUUGCUGCUGACAGAAUAGCGCCUGUAUAGCCUAGUGCUUAUCUGACCAAAUUUCACCCUGCUACCCUUGAACGCGGAACACAAAUGGGACACAAAUGACUCCUCAUUUUGAAAGCGUCAUUGGAGUCUGAUUACUACCUCGGAAGCAAAAAAACGCGGAUGGACUCGUUUUAGGAACGCCCCUGGGUAUACAGCAGCCUUUUUAUAAGAGCGGACAUGCAAACUCGACUUCAUUGAAACAGAAACAAAGGGGAACCUUGCGCACAUACACCAGCUGGGUUGACACAAAGAGCGCUGUGUGACGGGUACCGAGCGUCACAGAUCAGGCUGAACAGAGCGGAAAGCAUCGCUGUCACAGCUUCAGCAACGUAACUUAGUUCUGUUCGCAGUGCAAGUUUCUUUCGCUAAAAUCCUAUUUGCAAGGGGCUUAGUGCAUCGCCUGACAGCAGAAGGUGAGAGGACGGGAAAGCGGCAUUGUCGAAGCUGGGAUUACUGUUGUUGGUAAUUAGCUAUAACCGUUCCCCUGCAACCCGUGGGAGUGUAGCCUACUGCACCUUUUUUUUUUACUGAAUAGUUCACCCCACUCGCGGAAAAAUGAUGCAGAUUUGCGACUCCUACAACCAGAAACACUCCCUUUUCAAUGCCAUGAAUCGCUUUAUUGCUGCAGUUAACAACAUGGAUCAGACCGUCAUGGUACCCAGUCUUUUAAGAGAUGUGCCAUUGCAGGACGAAGAGGAGAAGGUAAAUUCAGUCCGGACAGCUGGAAACGGACCGGGUGCCUACUUGUAUGACAAGGACGUGUAUAGUUACUACGUUUUGUUGAAGUCCAUCAGAGACGAUAUCGAGUGGGGUGUGUUUCAGCGGGAGGAUAGGAGGAAGGAGAAGGUCGACGUCACAGCAGUGGAUCUCUCCAGAAUGGAAAAGGAAGGUGAUGGCGAGGACCUGGAGAAACUUUUCCAAUACCAUCUGAGCGGACUGCACACGGUUCUGUCCAAACUGACGCGGAAGGCGAACACCCUCACCAACAGAUACAAGCAGGAAAUCGGCAUCAGUAGUUGGGGUCAUUGAUGCAGAUGUAGCCUAAGCUAAAAUCCGAUGAUCGGAUUCAUUUUUUGUGGAAUGGAAUCGAACUUCGCGCGACUGAUGAAGUUCCAACGAACUGAAUGGACGAGAUCAGGGGGGCGUAAGGGAACCAACGCUUAACUGCUGGUGCUUCAAGCAUGGUUUUAAUAACGGGAAACACAAUAUGUUAUUGGGUUGGUUGAUUUGUAGCUUCUGCUUGCUGUUCCUUGGUACCACGUUACGUUUCCUGCUUUUUGCAGCACUUCUGCUAUUAUAUGUACAACAUGUACCAGACCAGGGAUACUUGGUGGCUUGGCAUUCAAAAUGUGUAGACUAAUUUAUUUAAGCAGUGAGUGCACCGCACAGUGUGUAUGUCAGUAUAUGUACUGUUACUACUGUAUGUGACUUGAAGCUUGACGUUUGAGAUGUUAAUGGUAUGCACUUUUGAUCUAAAUCUCCCGUAGCGGGUGCGCUGAAGAUUUGAGCUUAUAGUUUGCUAGUCUAAUGACGCUGGGUGGUCACAAUUCUGUAAACAACUGUAACUGACUGUUAUUGCAGUGAGGAGGCUUCCAUUGUUCUUAUGCCAAUGACUCCAAAGCCUUAAAAUAUAUUAAUAAUAAUAAUAAUAAUCUGUGAAUUGGAAUCAGAUGACAAUUCUAUGCUGUGUAGAGUAUUGAUGGUUCCAUGAGAUUGAGUAAAUACAUUUACAAAGAUGCUGUUAUUAAUAUUAGCACAAGUUUAAUUUUUUGUAUCCAGAAUUAGUAUACAGAAAAUAAACACCUUUUUAAAAAAAAGAUAAA